UAAUCAACCGGGAAAAAAAGAGUUAGAGAGAGAGAGAGAAUUUAGGGCAAGAGAGAGAGAAAACAAAAUUUUCAGAAAAAAAGUGGAAUAUCAAAGCCUAGAAGACCCCUCUUUUUGUGCAGACGGGUUAAUUCAUGUCCACACCCUCCUCCUCCUCUUAUCUGCUCAUUUUCUGAUCAAACUCUUUACAUAUUAUAUUUAUAUAUAUAUAUAUAUAUAUAUAUAUAUAUAUAUAUAUAUACUUCAUAUUUAUCUCAGUACUUACUUAUAUAUUUAUAUAGAUAUAUAUAGAGAGAGAGAGAGAGAUAGAUAGAUAGAUAGAUAUAUGGAAGCUGCUUAUAUUGGCGGUGGUGACGGUGGUGUGUUCGAUCUGCUGAGUUGGUCGGGGAUGUAGAUAAUCAGUUGGAGAGAGGGAGUGUAGAGAGAGAAAGUAGAGUGAGAAAAUGGAGUAUGACGAGCACGAUGAAGAUCAAGAGGAGCAAAUUGGGGUUCAGGUGCCGCCGACGCAAAAUUACGAGUCUGUGGGGAGGCCCAGAAAUUCGAACUCCGGUGGCGGAGCUGAGGGAGCCUCCGCAGUCAGAAAAGGAGGAGGCGGAGGCGGGACCUACAGGUAUAGGGAGUGCCUGAAGAACCACGCCGUCGGCAUCGGCGGCCACGCCGUGGACGGCUGCGGGGAGUUCAUGGCCGCUGGAGAAGAAGGAACCCUAGAUGCCCUCCGAUGCGCCGCGUGCAAUUGCCACCGCAACUUCCACCGGAAGGAAACAGAAGGCGAGUCCCCCCACCCCCACCAGCCACACCACCAGUUCUCGCCCUACUACCACCGAACAGCACAGCACGCGGCGGGGUACCUCCACGUGACCCCUCCGCCGCCGCCGUUGGCCCUCCCCUCCGCCUCCCGAGAGGAUCAGGAGGACGUGUCCAAUCCGAGCAGCAGCGGUGGCGGCGGUGGUGGUUCCGGUGGCUCCAGAAAGCGGUUUCGGACGAAAUUCACUCAGGAACAGAAGGACAAGAUGCUGGGGUUCGCGGAGAGGUUGGGGUGGCGCAUCCAGAAGCACGACGAGGCCUCGGUGGAGCAAUUCUGUGCAGAAACCGGUGUGAAGAGGCAAGUACUCAAAGUAUGGAUGCACAAUAACAAGCACACUCUUGGUAAAAAACCCUAAUUAUUCCAUAUCUCUCCAUUGCGGCUUUUCUGUGAUCAUCUAUAUCUAUCUUCCUAAGUAUAAUGACAAUGACAACGACCACAAUGGCUAUCAAUUAAAUUGAGGUUUAGAUUUAGUUUUAGUCUUCUUUUUUUUCUUUUGUGUUGUAUUUGUUGAGUUUGUGUUGUUUUUAGGUGUUUUAGUUUGUUUCUGUACUUUGUCUUUGUAACUUUUGAGUGUAGGAUGGCAUGGACAACAUUAAUCAAUCAAAAUCUUUGUUUCUUAAAUGUUA